UUUACUUUUAAAAAAUGGAGGAUUUGUUAUAAGAUUUGUUUUCAUGAUAGGGAAUUUGUUUUUUUUUCUUCGAAGAUUUUUAAUUCGGUUAUUUGGCGAUGUUGUUUGGCAGAAGUAAAUAUUGAGUACAAUUUGCUCUUUGGUGUGUGUUAUUUUUGACAAAUUUUAUAUUAAACGAAUUUGUGAAUAGUUUUUUGAAGAUAUUUGAUAGCGGAAGAUGGACUUCCAGAACCGCCCCGGGGGCAAGACGGGAGGCGGGGGCCAGGCGUCAUGGUCGGAGAGCAACCGCGACCGCCGGGAGCGCCUGCGGCAGUUGGCGUUGGAGACCAUCGACCUCAACAAGGAUCCCUAUUUCAUGAAAAAUCACUUAGGGUCGUACGAGUGCAAGCUGUGCCUGACGCUGCACAACAACGAGGGCAGCUACCUCGCCCACACGCAGGGCAAGAAGCACCAGGCCAACCUCGCCCGCAGGGCCGCCAAGGAGGCCAAGGAGUCGCCCCAGCAGCCCGCCCCGGAGAAGCCGCGCGUCGAGCCCAAGAAGUUUGUGAAGAUCGGGCGGCCGGGCUACCGCGUCACCAAGCAGCGGGAGCCGGAGACGGCACAGCAGAGCCUCCUCUUCCAGAUAGAUUACCCGGAGAUUGCAGAGGGAAUAUUCCCCCGCCACAGGUUCAUGUCUGCGUACGAGCAAAAAGUUGAGCCCCCAGACAGGAAGUGGCAGUACCUGCUGUUUGCUGCCGAACCAUAUGAGACUAUUGCAUUCAAGGUGCCCAGCCGAGAGGUGGAGAAGUCUGACGGCAAGUUCUGGACGCACUUCAACAAGGACACGAAGCAGUUCUUCCUGCAGUUCGCCUUCAAGCACGACUUGAAGCAGCCGGCCAUGGUGAUGGGCCAGCAGCUGCCCAGGCCGCCCCCUCCCCCCACCCCACCCAUGCGCCUGCCGGGACCUCCCCCCAACCUGCCACCGCCCCCCAUGCCCCCGCCUCCACCCAUGAUGCACCCCCCGCCUCCCCCUCGCCCCAUCAUGCCGCCCCCGCCACCCAUGUUCAACCCUGUGCCACCCCCGCCACCCAAGAUAGGCAGCGUGCCCAUCCCGCCCCCUCCACCGAAGCUCAGCGCAAACUAGCCGUGCCUAACACCCGGUGUGUGGGUGGAAGGUAUGUGGUGCAUUCGAAAGUCGUUUACGUUGCUUUGUGGUUCCGUUUAUAAAUGUGGCAGUUCAUGUUUUACACAUGCUUCUGAGCAAAGAAAGUUGAGAAUGCUGUUUUCAUACUAAGUGCAACUUCUUGAAGUAAAAUAAUGUGUAUUCAUUCCAUAAAUUUUUUUACAAUAAUUAUUUGUACUAUAAAAAUAUAAACAUGUCCGCUCAAAUGUGCAGGUCUUUAAGAAUGAUAAACAGUAAACUUGCUGUAGAUGUU